AUGGCCCAACACUCGCUGCCGCACUCGGUCUCGCACGGCAGAUCGCGAUCGCAGUCGAGCCCGUCGAGCCCGUCGAGCCCGUCGAGCCAGCCGAGCCAGUCCAGUCAGCACUCGACCGAUGGGUUCCCCUUUGAGCUGCAGUCCCCAUCGUCGACCCAAUCCGGCUCGAUGCCUUCGACGCCCAAGUCGACCUCGUUCGGCGGCACGGUCGCCUCGCCGAGUGUCAGGGGCAGUGCGACCCUCAGCGGCUCCGUCUUUGGCGUGACCAAGCACGACAUGGCCCGUCAUCUGGACGAGCAGGCCUCGUUCGCCACAAAGAGGGAGACGUGAGUCCACACCCUUCGACAACACACUCGUUCACUCCCACCGCAGUAGCUCAUCCAUUGCCCUCUCUCUCUCUCUCUCUCUCAUGCUCCCCCGCUCCUUGCCAUUCUGAACGCUACGCUACGCUCACCCGAUCCUUACCGAUCCGGUGCUCGUCCGGCCUGGGGGUGCCGACCAUCCCUCGACGAUCACAGUCUCGUCCGUUCGCUCGAUUCGACCACGACCCUCGUCAAGAGCUUGGCUGCCUUCAACCAAGAGAAAUGUGAGUUGGGUCGUUUUCUGUUCUGCUACUAGUGGCAGCGAGAGACUCUGCGGGGCGUUCGAGCUCAAAGCCGUCAACGGACGCUUGCGGUCAUCGCUCAGCACGCGACGUCGAUGGUCAGGCCCUACACCCCACGUAGAAGGUCGCAGCCUCAGAAAGGGUCUCGCUCCAAGAUCAUUUAGAAACACCCUCGAUUGUCUACAAGUCCGUUCUGGCCUUACGUGAUAGACGCUGACCGAGUCGCGUGCUUGCGCUUUACGCCGCGGCUCCUGUUUCGGCGCUCACCAGGGACGAUUCACUACCCUCAUCGACUCGGCGUCGACGCGACCUCGAACGGCUCGCAACGGGACCCACUCGUGACUCCCGUGCGAUCAUCGUCCGCUCGUCUCCCCGCUUUGCGUCGAAGCGCCACACUGCAGCCGAGCGAGGACGCGCCCGACGACAGUCCCGACGAGCAUUCGGCCUCAUCGAAGCGGCCCUCACCGCAGCGAGCAUGGUCGACGGUCGACACCCCGAACAACGCGACCGCUCAAGCGUCCACAUCAUCCCUCGUGGCCCCGGCCCACCCGCUCUCCAUAUUGUCGCUCGACCUCAAGCUCGGCCACCCCGCUGCGGCCACCGCCGCUUUGCCGGCUCUGCUCCCCUCGCUCUCCGUCGCCACCUUGUCGCAGCUCUUGUCGCGUCGUUUGACCUCGUCGUUGACCCACAUCUCGUCCCUGCGCUCGCGUGUCGUCGAUACCAACUCGCGCAUCCUCGUCACCGGUGAUCUCAACGCCGGCAAAUCGACCUUCGUCAACGCCUUGCUCCGUCGCGAUCUCAUGCCUUCGGACCAACAACCGUGCACGGCCGUCUUUUGCGAGGUGCUCGACGCGUCCAGCUUCAACGACGGCGUCGAGGGCUUGCAUGCGGUUCGUGAUAUCGGCGCCUACGACCCGACCAAACCCGAGACGUUCGAUUCGUUCGACCUAACCCAGGUGCAGGAGGUGCAGGACGCCGAGGAGCCGUACCAGAUCAUCAAGGCGUACGUCCACGACAACCGCGCACCCGCAGUCGAGACCGAGCCGAACCCGUCCUUCAUCAAGAACGGCCUCGUGUCCAUCUCGCUCAUCGACGCCCCUGGUCUGAACCGCGACACGCUCUCGACGACGGCCUUGUUCGCACGCCAGUCCGAGAUCGACGUCAUCGUCUUCGUCGUCUCGGCCGAGAACCACUUCACCUUGUCGGCCAAGGAGUUCUUGUGGAACGCCAGUCGCGAAAAGGCGUACGUCUUUAUCGUCGUCAACAAGUGGGGCGCGAUCAAGGACAAGGCGCGUUGCAUGCGCCUCGUUGGCCAGCAGAUCAAGCAGCUCUCUCCCGCGACAUGGGAGGCCCGUCACGAGCUCGUGCACUUUGUCGACGCCGCCGAUGUCGUCGAAUCGGACUCUGCCGCACCUGCCCAAGUCGUUGUAGAGGAUUGCAAAUUCGCCGAGGAGAGUGUCGAUGAGAAGGAGCCGACCGCGUUCGAUCUACUCGAGCAGUCUUUGCGUUCGUUCGUCUUACUCAAGCGAACGACCUCGAAGCUCGCUCCGGCCAAGAACUAUCUGCUCAAUCUUUUGGCUGAUCUGUCGACCUUGGCCGAAACCAACGUCACUGCUGCCUCGGAGCAACUCGCCGAGGCUUUGCGUCAAUUGGAACGCGUGCGACCCAUUCACGAGCGACUGAGCGCUCAACGCGACGAAGUCGAGGCCGGCGUGGACCGUGUCGAGGAGACCGCGGUCGAGGCCGUUCGCUUUUCAGCGUGGAGUCGACUCGAGCGGGCGCUCGGCUACGUCGCCGAAGGUCAAAUCGUCCCUCCCCAAGCAAGCGAUGCGAAUCGACGGAGAUUCGAAGACGCGGAUCAACUCGUCGCGCCGGCGAGCUUGCCCGAGUACGCUGGCCUCGCUGGUCUGUGGGACUGGGCGAACGAAGUCAAGAAGACGUUGGUCAAGGCCCUUGAAGCUGAGGUGCGCAUCGCCGAGGACGAGGCGAGGAUCCAAACCAGUGCCGGCGUCGAACAGGUCAUGCAUGGCUUGGGCGAGCGCUAUCUCCCCUCUGCGGCCGUUGAAGAGCGCACCGCGGUUGCUGCUCAGGACGGUCAAGACCCUGUCGGGAGUCAAGUUGCCGCGGCCACACCAAAGAAGCAGAACCGAGUCUUCCGACCCGAGGUCAUGUUCGCCAAGCGUCGUCGUGGUAUCGGACGUCUCGCCGCUCGAGGUGUCAGCACGGGUCUCGGUUUGGGUACGGGCGCUACGGGCCUUUCGUCAACCUCGUGGUCCGCGACCGACUUUGAGGUCUCAAUCUUUGAUCUGUUCGAUCUCGAGCGCCUCUACUCGCAUGGCUCGCGACUGAGGGGUAAGAAGACGCAUGAUGAUGAUCUCGUCGAAACGAGUACGAUCCUCGGUCUCGGUGUGGGCACGAUCGGGAUGCUCGGUAGUCGCGUCAUUGGCGUCAAGGGUACGAUGGACUCGAUCACGCGCAUCUUUGAGGUGCUCGGUAGCGACAAGGCUAAGAAGUGGGCUGCUCCCAUCCUGGGUCUUAUCACCGUCGGUUUCGUCACGUAUGUGAUCAUCGACUUGCCGAGGGCGAUCCCUCGCAACAUUGGUCGCAAGUUGCAAGCCUCGCUCGCUUCGUCUGAUGCGCUCGUAUCGGCCCCUUCAUCACCUUCGGCUCCUACAGCGGCUACACAACCGCCCGUAACCUUUGCCUCGGCUCAUUCUGAACGCAUCGCCCGGGAAACGCGCAAAGUCUUGCGCUUGGCCGGAUGGGAUCUGAGGGAGAGGUUCCGCGCGGCAUUGGAUCAAUCCGCUGCUGAACGUAAGGAGGUCGAAUCGACCGUUAGCAAGGCCGAAGGGGCACUCAAGUGGUUGGCCGAAUUCGAGAACAAGGUCGCGCAGGAGGAUAGCAAGGUCGAAUCCGUUGUCGUUUGA